CCCUUCCGAAUCCAUCAGCGAAUCCGGCUUCGACUAAAAAAAAAACUAGUAUUCUAGUACACGCUUACACGCACGCAUUGGAAAAGCUCGUAUUUCUCCAUUUUCACCGCCACGCGCGAUGACAACCCCAGUCUCGGGGUCUUCACUCCCUCAGACCCGAGACGUAGAUAUACAUCAACACAAUCAUUUUCAUAACGCUAGAGACAGCCACAGCCGUCACCACUAUCAUAACCACCACCACACCCACCAACAUAACCACGUUCGUUCAUCUUCUCAAAACAGUAACAAAAGGGGCCAUAAGCGUACCGAUUCGGAACCCACUAUUAUAGUAGAGACCGUUUCCGUCCUUCAGCUUAUCGAUUCUUCUGGUGCGACCGUUACUCUUCAGACUCUACCACCAGAUUCACCACCCGAGCCGACACCUGCGACCGAUUCAAUCAGUAGUAGCCCCUCUGGAUUUUCAUCCGACUCGACCACAGGAUCCGUAUCCGAUUUUGGUUAUCCUACUACUUCUUCGCCCGCAACUAGCGACGAUGAAGGUAGCAGUACUAGCCUAUCAUCGACUUCCAUCCCGACGAUAGACCCGACCGUAGCACCGUCGGAGUCUUCGAUGCCUACUUCGUUUCCCACACUAUCUUAUUCGCCUUUGACGUCCGCUCCUUUAUCAGGCUCUCCCGUUUUUCCUUCCUUGGCUGGCGUGACUAACACAACCCAAGCUUCUUCGUCCUCGAUCUUUCCCUCAAACAGUACUGCUUCUUCGCUAGUUUCCUUUUCCGCAGAGAGUGUUGGUAGCUCUUCUGCAUCUGUAUUAGCUAGUGGUAGUUCAUUUUUAUCCGACUCUUCGACUUCGGCCACACCUACGAGUUCCUCUUCCAAGUCCGCAACGACAACCAGCAGUUCAUUUUUAGGAUCCGCGACUGCUACAGAAACGGAUGGAGGCUUUGGUGUUGGUGGUGGUAAUGCUCAACCUUCCUCUUCAAAUACCGCGACGACCGACGCUAGCACCGGGUCUAGUAGCCCCAGCGCAGCGACAGUCGCCGGGAGUGUUUUAGGAGGUGUAGCCGCGCUUGCGUUUCUAUUGAUUCUUGCUCUUGGCCUUCUCAGAUGGAAGAAACGCCUUAACGCCCAGAAGCUCGUCCAGAGCUCCGCUGGUGGUCGAGAUUCUGGAGGCGCCUUAACUGGAAAUUCUGGUCCCAGUGGUGGUGGUGGAAGUGGUGCUAUGUCCGAAACACGGCGUUCGAUUCCUUUCGCGAUUCCAGCUGCACUUGCCAGCUUAACCGGGUAUAAACGAUCUUCUGCGCGGAGUGCCGUUUCCUCGGAUGGUGGCGAGCGAGGUUUCUCUAAGGUGUCCGGUCGGAAGUUACCUCCAGUUAUACAAUUCGGAGGGGAUGGCUACUCGGACCCCCGGGACACUAUCCUGAGUGAUCAGUCUAUAGAAUAUCGGGACUCGCAGGCCUUCCCUGGUAUGAUGGGAGGUGCCUUAGGGCCGACUAGGUUGGCCGUUGGUACUCCAAUGCGACCAGACAGUGGAGUUCCGGUCUUCAACCCGGGGCCGGCCCGAACCCCCAUCACGGAACAAGGUCCCUUUAAUCCUUUCUCGGACGAGAACGCGCUUGAACCUCCUCCCAGAGAUCCACUUGGACGAUCCCACCCUUCUCACGAUGGGUCCAGUCGCUCCCACGGCUCGGCUUCUAGAUUCACCGAGGUGUUAUGACCCCUCUGAUCGAUACCCUACCUUUGAUUUGCGCUUUGUACAUUUUCCAUGUCUUCUUUUUGAUGAUACCUGUUCUGUUAAUAUGUGUCGAUGUCAAUAAUAUGCUCGUCACAGCAGCAUCGGGUUGGCGUUUGAUAUAUUUGAGAGAAAAUAUUCGAGGGGGAGGGAAAUCAAUGGGAAAGGAAAGAAAAAGCUAUUUUCAGCUUUUCAUUUGCAUCUACUUAAUGUCAGAUGCGAAAUACCACCAUUUCUUGUAAAUAGUCAGAUGUCAUUCCGAGCCUUCGGUUUAGGCAAGGAUGGCAAGAGCAUGGACGUUUUGCGGAGUCGAGAUCGCGGCUGUCGUCUCCUCCGGCCUGCUCGUAAUCAAGCAUAAUUAUCAUCAAACAC